AUGACCCAGGACGCAUAUGCAACGAGAUUGCAAAAUAUAUCCAAGGAUCAAGAGCAGAUAUUGAAACAAAUCUGGACCUACUUGUUUCAUUUUUGGGAAUAUGAGGUAGAUGGUACCAAUGCCUUUAAACCCACCGAUGAACAACUUGAUGCAAUGAUUCAAGAACAGGAAAAGAAAUUGAAAAAGAAAUCAUUCUUCAGUAGAUCUUCAUCGAGUCGUACUGAAAAUUUGGAUAAACAAAUACAAUAUCAGAAAAAUGUCAUCCAUGAUUCUCUGAAGGAUAUGAAUCCAGAUGAUACUAGAGAUGCGUUUUGGGAUAUGAUCAGAGCUGAUUUUCCUGAUAAUCUAUUACUACGGUUCAUUAGAGCUAGAGAUUGGGAUGUGGACAAGGCUAUGAAAAUGAUAGCAUUUACCAUGGAUUGGAGAGUAAAUGAGAGCAAGGCUGAUGAAAUUAUAUAUGGGGGUGAACGUGCUGCUUGGACAGCUAAUGAACCUGGUUUCAUAAAAAAUUUGGAAUUGAAAAAGGCUGUCAUAUGCGGUGUAGAUAAAGAAGGUAGACCGAUCGUUUAUGUCAGACCAAAAUUACACCAUUCAGAUGAUCAAACUCUGGAAGAAAUGAAAAAAUACUCAUUACUCAUUAUUGAACAAGCUAGGCUAUUUUUGAGGGAGCCUGUAGAGACUGCUACCGUUAUCUUUGAUCUAUCAGGGUUUGGUGUCUCGAAUAUGGACUAUACACCCGUUCAGUUCAUUAUUACUUGUUUCGAAGCCCAUUACCCAGAAUGUUUGGGCAAAUUAUUCAUCCAUAAUGCUCCUUGGAUUUUCCCUCCCAUGUGGAAUAUAAUCAAAAAAUGGCUUGACCCCGUAGUAGCAUCCAAAAUUUCAUUUACAAAAACGGUAGAUGAUCUAUUGGAACACGUCGAUCUCGAAAAUAUACCACAAAGUCUUGGAGGUCAAAGUAAAAUAAGUUUGGAUGGUAUAUUCGAAAAACCUGAUGAAUCGUAUGACGAGAAAAUGCAGGACCACGAAACUCUCGAUAUAUUGCUGGUCAAGAGGAAAGAAUUGAUAGAGAACUUUCUUGAAAUUACCAGAAAGUGGAUUGAAUCAGAUGGCGAUGAUGAGUCAGCGCAAUUAUUGAAAGAAAGGAUUGAAGCAGGCAGAAAACUGACAAGAAAUUAUAUCGAUCUCGAUCCAUACAUCAGGUCUAGGUCAUUAUAUGAUAUACAGGAAAUUUUGAAAUUUUAG